AUUCUCUCUGGCUGGGCUUACUUGUGUCUGCACCAUGAGAAACGGGCAUCUGAGUGUGUUUCCGGGACUCUUGAUACAGAUGCUGUUGCUAUUGGGAGCGGCCACUCAGAAGCCUAGUGACUGUGCCCGGUGGUGCCCUCUGAACUCCAAAUGUGUCAACGCCACGGCCUGUCGCUGCUCUCCGGGGUUCUCUUCUUCUUCUGGGGAGAUCUUCACCAACCUCUUAGAGAAUUGUGACGACAUCAAUGAGUGUGCACCACCCUUGGCGGUGUCCUGUGGAAAUUUUGCCGACUGCCAGAACACAGAAGGGAGCUACCACUGCGAAUGCAGCCCCGGGUACGAGCUUGCUUCUGGGGCAAAAACUUUCAAGAGUGAAAGUGAGAACACGUGUCAAGACGUGGACGAAUGUCAGCGGAGACCCAGAAUCUGCAAAGGCCGCACCAUCUGCGUCAACACCCAGGGCGGCUACACCUGCAGAUGCCCACCCGGCUUUAAGCACGACAAGACAGACCCGAACACGUGCUCAGACGUGAAUGAAUGUACCUCGGGGCAAAGCCCGUGCCACCGCACCACCCACUGCCUCAACACCAUGGGGAGCUAUGAGUGCCGCUGCCGCCCCGGCUGGAAGCCCAUUCCCGGGUCCCCCAAUGGCCCAAACAACACCAUCUGUGAAGAUGUGGACGAGUGCCGCCCUGGACAGCCUGCAUGCCACAACUCCACCGUCUGCGUCAACACUCUGGGCUCAUACAGGUGCCGCUGCCGCCGUGGCUGGGAGCUCAAACCCGGAUUCCAGAAUAUGCAGCCAAACACUACCUGUCAAGAGAUGGCCUUCCCCCCCUGGACCCCACCCCCUGGAAUCCAGAGCCAGACACUCACCAGCUUCUUUGAAAAAAUCCAAGCUCUGCGCAGAGACUUCAAGCCAGCCUUGGCUCAGGGCACCAUCCAGGACCUCAUACAGGGGGUGGAUGAGUUGCUGCAGGCCCCGGAUGACCUGGAGGCUCUGUCCCCCUCAGAGCAGCGCUGUGUGGCCACGAACCUGCUCGUAGGCCUGGAGAACGUCCUGAGAGACGUAAGCCAGGCCCUUCCCAAUGGGCCAUUGACCUUCAGUGCAUCUGCAGGCACAGACCUGUCCCUGAAGGUGCAAGAACAAGGAGAAACAAAUGUCACCUUGAGUCAGAACCAGGCAAAGAUGUGGCUGAGCUUGGAUGCGGUGCAUAAAUCUAGUGACUCAGGUGCUUCUGUGGUGGGCCUCAUCUCCACUCCAGGGAUGGGCAAGUUUCUGGCUGAGGCGCCCCUGGUCCUGGAGCCCAAGCAGCAGGAAGCCCUGCAUGAGCCCAAGGGCUUGCUGGGAGAGGCCUCCCCUGUCCUGCUCUCAGAUGUCAUCUCUGCCUUUAUAAGCAACAAGGACACCCAGAACCUCAGCUCCCCCGUCACCUUCAUCCUCUCCCACCAUCCAGUGACCCCUGGGCCAACGCACAAGGUGCUCUGUGUCUUUUGGGAUCUUUGUCAGGUUGGAUGCGGUCACUGGUCCACCACAGGCUGCAGGCUUGUGGCCAUUGUGGACUCCAGCACCACCUGCCAAUGCACCCACCUCAGCAGCUUUGCCGUCCUCAUGGCCCACUACGACGUGCAGGAGGAGGAUCCAAUGCUGGUCGUGAUCACCUACCUGGGGCUGGUCCUUUCUCUGCUGUGCCUCCUCCUGGCAGCCCUCACCUUCCUGCUGUGCAAAGCCAUCCAGAACACCAGCACCUCGCUGCACCUGCAGCUCGCAGUCUGCCUCUUCCUGGCCCACCUGCUCUUCCUCACGGCCAUCAACCAGACCAAGAUCAAGGUGCUGUGCGCCAUCAUCGCGGGUGCCUUACACUAUCUCUACCUGGCCUCCUUCACCUGGAUGCUGUUGGAGGGUCUCCACCUCUUCCUUACUGCACGCAACCUGACGGUGGUCAACUACUCUGGUGUAAACAGGUUCAUGAAGAGGCUCAUGUUCCCUGUGGGCUAUGGAGUCCCGGUUCUAAUUGUGGCCAUUUCUGCUGCAUCCAGACCUCACCUUUAUGGAACACCCACCCGCUGCUGGCUCCGUGCAGAAAAGAUAUUUCUAUGGAGUUUCCUUGGACCAGUUUGUGCCAUCAUCUCUGUCAAUGUAGCACUGCUUCUGAUGACCCUUUGGAUUUUGCAUAACAAACUGUCUUCCCUCAACAGUGAUGUAUCCACCCUCCAGAACACAAGGAUGCUGACAUUCAAGGCGACGGCUCAGCUCCUCAUCCUGGGCUGCACGUGGUGUCUGGGCCUCCUGCAGGUGGGGCCAGCCGCCCACGUCAUGGCGUACCUCUUCACCAUCAUCAACAGCCUACAGGGCGUCUUCAUCUUCCUCGUCUACUGCCUCCUCAGCCAGCAGGUCCUGGAGCAGUACAGGAAAUGGUUCAGAGGACUCAGGAAAACCAAAGCUGAGUCUGAGAAGUACACACUGUCCAGCAGGGUCGUGUCUGAUGCCUCCAAACCCAGCACGGUUAAUUAAGACAACCUUUUGAAUUAUAUCUUCUGAAUCCCACGUGAAAUUGGAACUGAGCCCCUACCAGAGGACAAGCAAGACUAUGUUGUGUGUGUGUGUUUCGAGAAAUUCAUCAUGUCAGCAAUGUGAAAGAAAGAAGUCAGCCAUGCUUCACAUUCCAUUCCUGCAAAAUCUGGAAUUUUUAUGUGCCUUUCAGUGUGCUCAGAAAACUUCCAACAUAGAAAGGGCCAGCCAUGGCUCAAUUUCUUGGUCACCCUGGAUUAAGCCCUUCACUGAAGCCUCUCCUUCCUUCAAAGACUCUUCCAGAUGCUGACAGUCUAUGAGCCAGAAAAUCCACCUCAACGGAUUUUCCUGCCAACAGCAUUCAUGAGAAUGGAAAUGUUCGCGACAUAGUCGGGAUUUUGUAAUUAAGCCUGUGGGUUUAGUUAUUCAGUCCUUCAAAGAUGCUGAUUUCUCACUCUAUCUAAGGCAGAGAUCAAGAGAGACACAGAUUUUACCUUCAUGGAGCUGAAAGAUUCCUAUAAAUCAAGUUUCUACAGAUGGACAAUUGAAGUAGAAAUGAUUUCACAGACACUGUCUUCUUUGAAAACUCAGAUUAUGAUAUAUAUGUUUUAGGCUUUGUAGGCCAGUGUAUUAGUCAGGACUCUUCAGAGCAAUAAAACCAACAGGAGAUACACACACAUACACAGAUAUUUAUGAAAAGAUUUAUAGUGAGGUAUUGGCUCACAUGAUUAUGGAGGCUAAGUUCCAUCAUCUGCCAUGUGCAAGUGGGAGACCCAGGAAAUAUGGUAGUAUAGUUUGAACAACUUCUUCUUCUUCUUCUUCUCCUUCUUUUCUUCUUCUUCUUC